UCGAAACUCCUCUCUCUGUUUCCUUUAACUUUUUUGCAUUCCAUCAUCCAUGGCUACUACUAGUACUUCCGCAUCACUAUCAUCAUCGAAAGUACUUCUAACUGACAUAAUUACAACUACGAAUGGUGUUCCAUCGAGUUACAUAAGACCCAUCUCCGAGCGUCCAAAUCUUACCCUAGUUCAAUCAUCUCAAGAUUCUUCAAUCCCUCUCAUCGAUUUACAAGAACUUGAUGGUCCAAACCAUUCAAAGUUAAUCAAGCAGAUUGGCCAUGCAUGUCAGUACGAUGGCUUCUUUCAGGUAAGAAAUCAUGGAGUUCCGGAGAUAAUUAUUGAGAAGAUGUUGCAAGUAGGGAAGGAGUUCUUCAGGUUGCCAGAGAGUGAAAGAAUGAAGUGUUACUCGGCUGAUACAUCCAAAACAAUUCGACUUUCAACCAGCUUUAAUGUCACGAAUGAAAAAACUGCGAAUUGGAGAGAUUUUUUAAGACUUCAUUGUUAUCCUCUUGAAGAUUAUAUCAAUGAGUGGCCAACUAAUCCAUCAUCAUUCAGGAGUGACGUGCCGGAGUAUUGUACGAGUAUCCGAGGCUUAACAUUGAAAUUACUGGGAGCUAUUUCAGAGAGUUUAGGUCUUAAGAGAGAUUACAUAGAAAAAGUACUUAGCAACCAUGGGCAACAUAUGGCUAUAAACUAUUAUCCCCCAUGUCCAGAACCAGAGCUUACGUAUGGACUUCCUGGUCAUACUGAUCCAAACGCUAUCACCGUACUCCUUCAAGAUGAUGUUCCUGGAUUGCAAGUCCUUCGAGAUGGGAACUGGAUCGCUGUUCAUCCGAUACCUAAUACGUUUAUUAUAAAUAUUGGUGAUCAAAUACAGGCUAUUAGCAACGACAAGUACAAAAGUGUUCUUCACCGAGCUGUUGUAAACUGCGACAAAGAGAGGUUUUCUAUCCCGACUUUUUGUUGUCCGUCCAAGGAAGCUGUGAUUGGACCGGCUUCUCAAUUGGUCGAUGACGAGCAUCCUCCUCUUUAUAAGGAUUUCACUUACACCGAAUAUUUUGGAAAAUUUUGGAACCAAAAACUUGGAAUGGAAAGUACUUUAGAUAUUUUUAAAACAACUUCUAGUAGUAAUUAUCAAAACGAAAGGGGAACAACUUAGAGAAGUUUAAAAUUUCAAAAGGUUAAAUUUGCGGUUUCAUCUAGUCCCCACUAGCUUCAAUGCGGGUUUAUUUAUGGUUACCGGUGUUAAUCUGCCUAAUCUUCCCAAGAUUAAGAUGGUUUGUUGUUGACGUUGGAGGUAAUGACGAUGACAACAGAUGACCAUGAAGUUUAUGACGCCGAGAGAUACCCAAGUGAUGAAAGCUGACACUUGAAACCAAUGCGUACUUGGUUGCUCGAUUGGGUGGAUCAAGCUUGUAGCUCAUACAGGACGACGACACCAUAUGAGCCUGGAUUGCAUAAAUGGUGACGUAAUAGUGAUUACGUACCUGAAACUCAAAGUGCUGUUUGAUAGCGAUGCCGAUAGGGUAGUUAGUUAAGCUUGUAAAUAACUUCAACUCUCUUGAC